UCUUAUCAAGCAUCAACAAACAAAACACGAAAAAUCGCGAACUCGUGAUAAAGGUGUUUCAAACCGCUUUUUUCAUCACUUUUCCUCAUUUCGGAAUUAAAUAAUAAGAAAUAAUUAUGGAUGAAACGAGUAACUGCCACAAGAAAGGAGACCGGCAGAGAAAAAAGAGGUAUUACAACGAUAUCAGACAACAGAUAGAAUUCUACUUGGGUGAUGUGAAUUUAUCCAAAGAUAGAUUUUUCAACGGUCUACUGCAGGAGAGCCCAUAUAUCGAUAUAGAUAUUAUAUUAAACUGCAACAAAAUAAAGAAAUUAACGUGCAAUCCGAAAGAUAUCGUGAAAGCAUUAAAAACAUCGGAAAUUCUGUCAGUAACCGAUGAUGGUACCAAAAUCUACCGUACAGUUCCUGUUCAACCAAUUACCAAUGCAGAUGAAUGCACCAUAUAUGUGGAAGAUUUGCCUCCAGAAACCGACCACGAUUGGUUAAAAUCGGUGUUCAAAACAUACGGCAAUAUCGUGUACGUUUCCGUGCCCAGAUACAAACAGAGUAACAAAAUCAAGGGAUUUGCAUUCGUUCAGUUCGUUUCGUCGGAAUGCGCCAAUAAUGCUUUAAAAGCUUUUCAAUCGGCGAAUUCGUGUUUAUCGUGUAAUAUCACACCUAGUGAUCUAUGCAGUGUGAAAACCUUCGAAGGAGAGAAGGAAAUUGUCGUAGUUGAUAACAGUAAAACCAGCAUUGAUGAUAUCAAAGUCAUUCCAGUCAAACACGAACACGAAGCGAAAGCUGACCAUGAGGUUGAAUCGCCUGAGGAGCCACAAAAAAAGAGACGUAAAAAAGAUAAAAAAGAUGAACAUGAAGAAGAAUUAAAACCAGAAUCACUCGAAGAUAUCCAAAAAGAAGAUUCUGCGAAAGAGAAUGAAAAUAGGACCAAACGUAAAACAGAUGAAAAAGAAGUGUCCGAAGCGGAACAGAAACCAAAAUCCGAAGAAAUUGGCACCCAAAAGGAUGAAUCUGGAAAAGAAAAUGAGAAUAAGACUGAUGAUAGCGACGCAUCACAAAACGAGGGUGCAGACGCAGAAAACAGUUUCUCCGAAGAAAAACACUCUCGUAAAAGAAAACGAAAAAAGAAUAAGAAAAGCGAACACGUCCAAACUUACGGAAUGCAAAUUUUAUCCAAGCAAGAUUGGAAAAAACUCCGAAAUCGAUAUUUAGAAGAGCAAAGAAAAAAAAUGCACGAAUUGAAACAACAAUUGAGAAAAGCUCGUUUAAAUCGCGAACAACAAGAAGAAAAUGAAGCCAAAAUGAAAGCAGAAGAAAAUGAAGACAAAACGAAAGGAGAAGAGACACCUAUGGAAGAUGCUAGAGUCAAAUUUACUCCCGGCGUUAUUAUAAAAUUAAGAUUAGAUCAACCAGUCACACAUGUCAAAAAUUUCAAGACCGAAGUGAAAAGAUACGCGACUGUAGAAUAUAUUGAUGUGAACGAAGAAAACCUAGAAGCUUAUUUCCGAUGCAGCAGUAAUGAAGCAGCCAAUCAAGUAAUCGCGUUAAAUAAAUGGCCAAAUAUGGAAAUAUUGAAAGGAGACGAAGAACAGCAGUAUUGGGAAAAGAUUAAACUGGAUAGAAAGAAGAAAAUAGACGAAAAAAUUCGUUGCAAAACAAGAGGCAAAACUAAACUAAUCAAAAAAGUCGAAGCUGUGAUGGUAAAACAACACAUUAAAUUUUCCGAUUAAAAAUAUUCAUGUACUCAGCGUAGAUGUUUCGAAAUAAUUCGGUUUGUUAAUAUAUAUUUUAUACGUUU